UGCCUGUUGUAAUUCUGUCUGCUUCUCUAUGACUGCCUGUCUCAUACUCUUUCUGUUUGUGCCUCUCCUCACUCUUGUUCCUUCUGCUUGAAUCACAGUCCCUUGGUCUUUCUGCUUCUUGUGUUUGUCUUUGUUGCGCUUUUUGCCAUGACACCAUCCCCUCUCUCAGUGCCUUCCCUCCAUUUCUGGAAGGCUUAUAAUUGCUCGGGCAGGGAAACAGCAGCUAAGAGCCUCUCCUGGCUUCCCUCUUCAUCUUGUUGAGGCUGCCAGUCAGAAGGGCCGCCAGUCCCGCAGCCUCAAGUGGCCUACAGCCAAAGAAGGGCGGAGACCAUGGGGCGGGAUUGGUCCUAGGUCCACCUCAUAAAGCCUAGGGCGAGGGGCGCAAGGCAUUCUAAAGGAGCCCUGGAGGGGCUGUUUGGUCCAGUAAACCCCAAAGGCUUAGUCGGGGCUCUGCAGUGUCAUGCCCCGGAGCCCCCAGACCGUGCGGAGCUGGGCGCUGUUGCUGCGGCUGCUGGCAUUGCUGCGGCCACCGGGACUCGGCGAGGCGUGCAGCUGCGCCCCCGCGCACCCCCAGCAGCACGUCUGCCACUCUGCGCUUGUGAUCCGGGCUAAAAUCUCCAGUGAGAAGGUAAUUCCUGCCAGUGCAGACCCUGCUGACACUAAAAAAAUGAUCCGGUAUGAAAUCAAACAGAUAAAGAUGUUUAAAGGGUUUGAGAAAGUCAAGGAUGUUCAGUAUAUCUAUACACCUUUUGAUUCCUCCCUCUGUGGUGUGAAGCUAGAAGCAAACAGCCAGAAGCAGUACAUCUUGACUGGUCAGGUCCUCAAUGAUGGAAAAGUCUUCAUCCAUCUUUGCAACUACAUUGAGCCCUGGGAGAACCUGUCCUUUUUGCAAAGAGAAAGUCUGAAUCAUCACUAUCACCUGAAUUGUGGCUGCCAAAUCACCACCUGCUACACAGUGCCCUGCACCAUUGCAGCCCCCAACGAGUGCCUCUGGACAGACUGGCUGUUGGAACGAAAACUCUAUGGGUACCAGGCCCAGCAUUAUGUCUGCAUGAAGCAUGUUGAUGGCACCUGUAGUUGGUACGAGGGGCACCUGCCCCUCAGGAAGGAGUUUAUUGACAUCAUCCAGCCCUAGCAGGGAACAGUGACCACCACAAUCUUUCAGGAGUCCUGAAGAUCAAGCCAGUUCUCCUUCCCUGCAGAGCUCGGGCUAUCACCACCUGCCUCACUGCUGCCAGCCAAUGGGAAGUACCAAGUGGACAGUCUGGCUAGUAUUAGAACAGGGCUGAGGCAUGUUCAGCUUACAUCUGGAUCCCAGCUCAGAACUUGUCAAAGUCUAGGAAAAGUAGCAUGACUUUUCUAUCUUACCCUCAACCCUUCUCCCCUGCCUCCCAAGCCCUUUCAGUCUAGCCCGUACCUAUUACUGAAAGUUUUAAUUCUGGCUUAGAAUCAAAAUAGUUUGGGCCAGAACUAUUCCCUUUUCUCUCUAGGAAAAUGUGUUUUCUCUUACCUUAAUUGAUCUUAUCGGGAAGAAAUGGUAAUGUUAUGUAUAUGAGAUGGUGUAGCCUUCUGAUGUACAAUACCAGAAGACAGGUUGACAGCAUCAUAAACAGACUGCUUUAGAAGAAUGAAAAGAACAAUAUACUAUGGCUAUAUAUCCUCUACUACAAUCUCAACUCAUCCUGAUCGUCUCAUACACUUCCAUCUGUUUAGGAAGUGACUUGAAGGGGCAUAGAGUCAUUCAAUAUGAGACCUACAAUGGCCUAACCUCCCUCCUCAUGCUGUAAUCUCCUUUACACCAUUCCUGGCAGAUGGUGUGGCCCAGUUAGCACACCUCUUCGGAUAAGAAUAGACUUAGGUUUUGUCUCUGCAGGUUAACUAUCCUUAAUGCCUUCAACUGAUGUUCAUAAGGCUUCUUUUCUGUUUCUUUUAGAAAGUCCUCCAUUAGAUUACUGAUGUCUUAAUUCCCACUUAAAAACUUUCUUUUUAAGCCAAAAAAAAAAAUCCCUUCUCUUGUAGAGUUAAAAUUCCCCUUUAGUUUUUCACACCUCAGAGAGAUCUUAAGAGGUCUUUUUUUGAGAGCAAAUUUCAGGAGAGGAUAGGACAAGAAUAACACAAGAGACCUUGAGGGAAAACAAUGGUAGAUGGAGAAUAUAUUUUUGCAAUGUUUUUGUUUUCUUUCUUUCUUAAUUAUUUUAGUGGUCAGCCUUGCUAGAUAUUACAGCAGGAAAAAUCCAGUUUCACUUCCCACCCUCCCUUUCACUCAGUCCCCUUACCACUGUGUCUUGGAUUCCCUGAGAACUCCAAGCACAGACCACUUAGGUUUCCUCAGCCUCUGCAAGGCUUCCUUGCUUGUCCUAAAAGGACAAGUCCCACUGUUGAUCUCAGGGGUUUGUUAAGGACAAGGGCUAAAGUUCCAGAGCCUCUCACUGGGGAAGCUCUGAAAAGAUGAAGGAGGUAGUUCUUUUCAAGGCCCAAGGUUUUUGUUAUUAAUCUAUGUGUUGAUAAGCAGGGCCAUGCACAAUAUGCCAGAAGAAGGCUCUUGAUUCACAGAAAUGGUACAAAUGGAGAUCCUUUUUGGAGAAGGGAGUGAGAGGGAAACAGACAUAAUCUCUGUCCCAGGGUACACUUAGAAUGCUAUAGCAGAGAAUCUCCAUUGGUGAGUUAAGUACCAUCACCAAAUCACCAGGCAGGCCUGGGACAGAGGAAGUGGGGACAGAAAGGAAGAAGGGAGAGUGAGGUCGAGGUCUCCAUGGAGGAAAACCCAUAGCAAUAGCCUCCGUACCAACCAUGCCAACUCUCUGCUCCUUCUGAUAUCCUUGGGUGGCCUCAGAGAAGGCAUAAUGUUAACCCAGCCUUCUCACAAUCUUGAUGAAAGCAAAGGGGAUGGAAGGCCCUGGUAGUAGUAACAGGAAUAACAUCUGACACCUGAGGGGUGCUUCACACUUUUCCAAAAGGCUAUUACUUAAAAAAAAAAAAACCUCAGUUAAAUUGUUUACCAAAUUAGACAACCUGGCUAGAAAUAAUUAUGCCCAUUUGACUUUUCACAGUUGGGAAAGUGACAAAGUGAGUAAAUGUAACUAGUCCAAUGAUGUGGCAGAGUCAGGGCUAGAACCCAAAGCAGUAGAUCUUUUGAUUAAUGCUCCAUAGAUUUGCUACUUUUUCAGUUUGAUAAAAUGCCUUAUUUCUGCCCUUCCCUAGUCUAUCUCCAGAUGUUAGAAACAAGGGGCGAUCAGCUAGAAUCCAGCCACUCUGGCCACACAUAGCAGGUCUGCAGUUUGACCCCAGGAGAGUCUCUGGGGUGGAGAUACUGAAGCCCUCUUCAGGGCCCCACUGUUACCAUGUGAUUAAG